AUGCUGCUACUUGUUGUUGGUUUGUUUGGAAAUUAUUUAACAGGUCCCUUGCCCUCAUCUAUCGGCAACUUAAGGGCCUUGCAGGACCUGAAUCUUAAUACCAAUUUGUUGUCCGGAAGCAUCCCAAAGGAACUUGGAAAUCUUAGAAAUCUAACUUCCUUGAGCUUGGGCACCAAUAGUUUCAAUGUGUCACUCCCUCCAGAGAUGGGGAAUUUGGUAAACUUGCAAGGACUUUUCUUGGACAGUAUCGGUGUGAGUGGUCCUAUUCCUUCAACAUUUGCCAAUCUAGUAAACUUGGAGACACUGUGGGUCUUUGAUAAUGAGCACACGGGCACCAUACCUGACUUCAUAGGGAAUUGGAGCAAGCUAAAAAUUUUGAUAUCCAGUUAUCCCCUUUUGAAUCACAGUUGCAAACGUGGCCACGCUGACUUCCACCAACUUCACUGUUGCCCGUACAUGUAUUUGCAUGGGAAUGCUUUCCAAGGUCCAAUACCUUCCAGUCUUUCCAGUUUAGCAUCCCUAACUGAUUUGCGAAUUGGUGAAAUAAUGAGCGGAACCUCAUCUUUGGCAUUUAUCAAGGGCAUGAGGAGUUUAAAGACUUUAAUCUUGAGAAACAGUAUGAUAUCAGACACAAUUCCAUUCAACAUUGGAGAGUACCGAUCAUUACAAUAUCUGGAUUUGAGCUUUAACAAUUUAACUGGCGAAAUUCCAAGUUCGCUGUUCAAUAUGAGUUCGCUUUUAAACUUGUUUCUUGGAAACAAUAACCUAUCUGGUAGCCUUCCUUCUAGGAAAAGCUCAUCCCUCAAGACCAUAGAUUUAUCAUACAAUCAAUUAUCAGGAAGCUUUCCCUCUUGGAUUACACAAGGCUUGCAACUGAACCUGGUUGCUAACAACUUCGACGUUAAUAGUUUUAAUAGCAGAUUCAGUACUUCUUUGCCUUCGGGAUUGAAUUGUCUUCAACGGGACUUUUCAUGCUAUCAAGAUUCUCUAACCGAUUCUGCAUUUGCAAUAAAUUGUGGGGGUCCAGAGAUAACAUCGGAAGAUGGAAUGGUGUAUGAUGGUGAUGUCGAUGCUCUCGGUCCAGCAACAUAUUAUCUAGACAACGUGAGAAGGGUGGCCGUCAGUAAUGUUAUGGUGCAUCGUAACAACGAAAAUGAUUUGAAGACUACAAACUAUCAGUCUCAGAUUACGAAUACUUCAGACCCAGAGCUGUUUUGGACAACAAGGAUAUCACAAGGAUCGCUGAGAUACUACAAGCUUGGGCUUGUGAACGGACAAUAUAAAGUGACUCUACAAUUCGCUGAUAUACAAAUGAUAGAUUCAAAUACUCAGAGUGGCUUUGGAAGGCGUGUAUUGGACAUUUCUGCAGAUUCAAAUACUCAGAGGGCCUUAGGAAGGCGUGUAUUCGACAUUUUUUCCCAGGUGCGUAAUCUCCCAUUUAAAGAUUUUGAUAUAAGAAAGACGGCAGGUGGAGUCUCUAAUAGAGUAGUUUUGAAGAGUUUCAAGGUUAAUGUAUCUAAGAAUUUCCUUGACAUCCAUCUCUUUUGGGCUGGAAAAGGGACUUGUUGCAUACCUGCUGAGGGUACUUAUGGGCCAUCCAUUACGGCCAUCAACAUCACUCCACAAUUCCCACCGAAGCAAACAGGAAAGAAGAACAAGACUCUUUUGAUUGUUGGGAUUGUAAUUGGUGCUGGUGCUUUGAGUUUUAUAUCCAUUUUUGCAAUAUUUAUUUGGAUACGAAGGAGCAGGCACAUUGAUGAAGAUAAAGAGCUUCUAGAAAUGGGUACCAAACCAAACACUUUUAGUUAUUCCGAACUGAGGACUGCGACCGGAGAUUUCAGUCUGGAAAAUAAGUUGGGAAUGGGACGAUUUGGGGCUGUUUAUAAGGGCACACUUUCAGAUGGAAGGAUAGUAGCUGCGAAGCAACUCUCAGUGGCAUCUCAUCAAGGAAAUCGUCAGUUUGUAACAGAGAUUGUUGCCAUAUCAGCGGUGCAGCACCGGAACCUUGUGAAGUUGUACGGAUGCUGCAUUGAUGGAGAUAAGCGCCUUUUGGUUUAUGAGUAUCUUGAAAACAGGAGUCUUGAUCAUGCACUCUUCGGAGACAGCAAGUUGCAUCUAAAUUGGCCCACCCGCUACAGAAUAUGCAUGGGUACGGCACGGGGCCUUACUUAUCUCCACGAGGAGUCAAUUCUCGGAAUCGUACAUAGAGAUAUUAAUGCCAGUAAUAUUUUGCUUGAUGCUGAUCUCAAUCCUAAGAUUUCAGAUUUUGGUUUGGCCAAACUAUAUGAUGAUAAGAAGACACACAUCAGCACACGGGUUGCUGGGACAAUUGGGUAUCUUGCACCGGAGUAUGCCUUGUGUGGGCAUCUGACAGAAAAGGCUGACGUGUUUGGAUUUGGAGUCGUCACACUUGAGAUUCUUAGUGGACGGCCAAAUAUAGAUACAAGCUUGGAUCAAGAUAAGAUGUAUCUCCUCGAAUGGGCUUGGACUCUACACGAAGCUAACCAUCCAUUGGAACUGAUCGAUCUGACACUAUCCGAAUUUGACAGCGGAGAAGCGCUAAGAAUGAUCGGAGUAGCUCUUUUGUGUACUCAAACAUCUCCAGUGCUACGCCCGCCCAUGUCGGGUGUGGUGGCCAUGCUAUCAGGCGACGUCGAAGUAAGCAGUGUCACAUCGCGGCCCAGCUACUUAACUUUGUGGCAAUUCAAUGACUUAACCAACUCCCUGAGUGACUAUAUCUCAAGAGGGUCUAUGGGAAUAACAAUAGAAGGCCAAUGUGACAUGUCGAACAAUUCGAGCUGGUCUACUCCUGCAGAAUGCUUGCCUCUGCCCGCUCAGCCAUUUUUGUAAGAGAUCAUUGGAGAAAGACAGGGCUGAUCGACUUUUCUAAGCUGUGCAUGCAUUUCUUCAAGUUAUCCUCUCACUGCAAUGAAUUCUUUGUUCAUAUCUUUUAUUUGGAUGUUGAAUGAAUAUUAUCAGGCAAUA